AUGACUGCGCAGCCGCAGAGCGGCGGCUACAGCAGCGCUGCGCUGCUGCUGGCGGCGGGCUCCAGUGCACUAGCUGGCCUCGCGCUCGGCUACACCCUAGCUCGCCGCGAGCUGGGAGCAGGCAAAGGGAGCAGGGGACGAGGCGGGCGGUACUCCCCCAGCAAGCUGCUCUACGGCGCUCGCCUCCAGGCCGCCGACAGCAGUGCCGACUCCACCCCAGCGGCCACUCCUCGGAGCCUGUCCCGACAGGACAGCGCGCUGGGGUCGGGCCUGCGCAUGGUGCUGCUCGUGCGGACAGAUAUGCCGCUGAGCCGGCCCGAGUUGGCGCAGCAAGCGGCUCGCACGGUGCUUGGGCUGUUCAAGAAGCAGUUCAAGCGCAAAGACCCAGCCCUGCGGCCCUGGGAGGAGGGCGGCAACCACAUAAAGGUGCUGGGCGUGGACUCCCAGAACGACAUGCUGCUGCAGCAGGCGGCAGCCCGCGCUUUGAGUUUGGCAACUCACACAUUCGCUGGAGACCGGAUUAACAAGCAGCGAACGGUGAUGGCGAUAGGACCAGCUCCUCCUGACAUUCUGGAGCACAUCACGGGGCACCUGCGGGAGCUGGCCGGGUGA